AUGCAGUUCUCCUCUCACUCGUCGUCCACAACGUCUUUGCAGGAUGCGCUCUGCGGUAGUGCUUUUCCCAUGCGCUCCAUGAUGGGGCCGUACACUAUGAGCGACGAAGGUGCCACGCAUCCUCCUGCCAUGAUGGGCGCCGCAGUCGGGUCUGUGACAGCACCUUCAGCGUUUGCGUCCAGUUUCUACGGCGAUGGCAGCUGCGCACACUCCUAUCAGUCUGCGACCAGCUUGCGCGAGGGCUCAGGUCGUGGAACUAGCUGGCCUCAAGGCACGUCUUCGGCAGCGAAGCUUUACCAAUGUGCAGGGAGUACCAGCGCCGGCGGCUUCUCUCGUAUCGCCCUCUACGACUACCCGACCGCCACACAGAGGGCUGUCUACGAUGACUCAAUUGCAGCUGUGACUUUCACCGAGUCACAUGUCGGACCUGCUCGCCGUACCAACUCUACCGCAACCUCCGGUACCGCCUUGAGCGAUUGCCACCUCUCCCGAAAGGAUGGUGGAGGGUUCACUCUGGCAUCGGCGCGCACUUUCGUCAAGUCCUACGACAGCUUUGGCGACCGUAGCAAGAACUCGCUCCCUAGUCUCCACGACAGCCUGACGGUCGCAACGAGUGCUAUGUCCUGCUCUGUACGGGAAUCCGUCCACCCUCACUACUACCUGGACACCACGUUUCAGAGGAGCGAAUGCGAUCACAGUCGUGUCACGCGCAGCGAGGACGCAGCGAUUGUACUGAGCGCACCUCAGCGCCGACUCUCUGACUCAACACAUUUGACAUCGUACGGCGCCGCCUCGUGCCUAUCUGUUGAGAGCAACUUUAGUAUGACUCGGCGACCUGUUGGUUCAGGGAGAAGUACCACCAGCCUACAGCCACCGCACACGCCACCGCAUCAUCAGCUACCAGAAUUCUCGACUUCUCAGAAUGGCAACCAUCUGGCACCGUGCUGGCGAGGCGGCAUCGAGGGCGACUCGUAUGACAUUCUAGUGAACGCCUCCUCCGCGUCGGAGUCAUUUGAAAAUGGGCUUGGGCCCACCGGUUGCCCCCCUUUCUACGGCAUCGACACGGUAGCGGGAGAGGACAACAAGUCAGGACGAAGCUGCUCAGCAGUAGUUAGCAGGGACGAUAUGACGCCCACGACCACAGCUCCAUGGAGAAAUGGAAUCCGCCACCUCUGUAGUGUUCGACUAAGACCGGCACCUGAAAGACGAGACACCUCGGGCACAAGGAGACCGGCAUCCGCGUCGUCACCAAACAGUACAGCCACGUCGACUGCAUCAAGACGGUUCUCUCUCUUGCCCAAGGCGAUGAGUAAUGCGUUCACCGAGUCAAAGGAAACCACCUUCAGUCGCGGCUCUGUCGACACGUCAAGGCCAUUCAUCUGUCACCCACCGCAGUCGGCGCCCCGCAAGCCGCGCCGAAAGGAUCCACGAAAGGCAAACCACUCCCGAUCUACCAGUAUCGCAGCUCCACCCUCUGAGGAGGAUGUAGCCCCAUCGUCCGCAUCCUCCUCUCUUCCUGUGACACCAAUGACGAGCACAAAGGUGUGCAAGGAAAAUACGACCGCCACAUUAUUCACCGAGGCACCACACGCAACGCUCACAAUGGAGGGCGUGGGCGGUGGUCGCGCCUCCGUCCGCUCUCAGUCGCCGGAGCCGCUUCGGCAGCAGUGGGACGCCGCCAAUGCAUCCAACGCCACAAUGUCGACCUUCACAGUCACUCCGCCCUCCCGCCUCGAGCGACACCCACGACCACUUUUGCUACGACGUUACGUGGAGCGCCAGUUGAAACCCUUGAGCGCCAAGGAGAUGCAGAUGGCGACGGUGCCAUUCUCGCCCCAUCAAGUUGUGGCACCGAGUUGCAACACAACCAACGACCCUGCAGCGCAAGCAUCACUGAAGAUUGCUGUUCCGCCGCUGUCGCCACAACACGGCCAAACCACAGUGCUUGACACGGCGCAGGUGUGGAGUCCCAGUGCAACGGCAAGCAGCUCUACGAGCUUCAGCGUGACUCCCGAAAAGUUCAUCACGGUGACAAGCGGUGCUACCGCUCGGAGGAUGCAGCAGAGGCUAGCCGGAUUUGCCGCCUUUCAUCUGUCCUCCGGGGUCGAGGGACCGGGCGUUGCCACAGAGAACCCCAACGAGAAGUCGUUGCGUAGCCUCGGUGGGCGAAGCGGUAUGGAGUUGCGGCUGUUGGGAGAGUCGAGUAACGGCAUCAUGAGUCGGUCGUGCCCCUCGGUGGACAACUCAGCAGACGAGGGCACGAACGCCUUCUUGAUACAGCGCAGCUCCUCGUGGUCUGUGCACUCAGCAAGGAGCACCACAGACACUGGAGAAGUCACCAGCGCCGCACGCAAGAAGCGCCAAGCGGAGCGUAUGCUGCCCAUCGCACUUGAGCUCGAAGAAGAAUAUGUGACGAUGCACCCACAGUUGUCCAAGCAGUGCCUUCUGAAGAUGCCUUCUCUCAACAAGGAAAAUUGUGUGAAUGAGGCGUGA